GAAAAAAAAAAAAAAAAAAAAAACUUCUUCGUCUUCCUCUCACUCUCGUCCUCCCCCAAUUUACCGUCAGACCACAACCAACAACCAACCCAAAGCCACCGACCACCACCGCUCCAAACCCAAUCCCAUCUAAUCCCCAACUCGGACAGCCACUCUCUCUCUCUCUCUCUGAGACAAUCCAAGGCAAGCCUAGUCGUCAUUCGCAUCACCACCACCAUCUUCAUUUCUCUCCUCUUGCCGUCUCUAUGCCUCUCUCUGAUUAAAGAACAACCCCAAUUCACAUUCACGUUUUCAUAAGCAGAGAGUUGUGUAGGGGAAUUGACAAACUUUGAUGAUGGCCUGUAACCUGAAAACCACGGUGGCUGACUGGUCGGGUCUUCCUCAAGAACUUGUCGUCUCCAUUGCCAAACAGAUAGCUUUCUUGGAGGAUUUUGUUGCUUUUGGUGCAGUCUGCAAAUCAUGGAGAUCAGCCGCGCCCAAGGAGAACUUUACCAGUCGAUUAAAACAUCAAGGCCCAUUUCUUAUGCUCCCACAGGAACAUGGAGCUGCCAUCCGUAAGAUUUACAGCUUCACAGACUAUAAGGUUCGCGAUCUCAAUCUGCCAGAAGCUGAGGGCAAAGUAUGUUGUUCUUGUUCAGGAUGGCUAAUCACUUUACAAGGUUUGCAAUUUAAUCUGCUGCAUCCUUUAAAUCGUUCACAAAUUAAGUUGCCUGGUUUUAGAGAUUCUAGUGCAAAACUUUCGCCAGUAAGCAUGACAGAUUUUCAUGCCAUAAAGAAAUUUGUCCUCUCAUCAAACCCUGCUUGGACAUCAGAUUAUACAAUCAUGCUUCUUUAUGACUGUAAACAAUUGGCAUUUUGCAAACCAAGACAGGAUCGAUAUUGGACAAGUAUGGAUUUAGGUUCACAUCCAGUUGACAUAACUUGUUACAAGGGACGAUUUUAUGCCGUGAGCCAUAAUGGGAGGGUUUCGGUUUUCGACAUUGAAAACCCUACAAAGGAAGCAAAAACUGAGGUUGUUGUUUCACGGAUGCCAAGGGAACUACUUGUACAUAUUUCUCCUGGUAGAGUGAAGUAUUUGGUGGAGUCAGCAGGGGACUUAUUAGUAGUUUCGGCUCACGAAGAAGGUUACGAACCAGCUCCUAAGUUUAGGGUUUUCAAGGUGCCUUUGAGGGAUGGCAAUUGGCAGUUAGACUCGGAAGUGAAGGACUUGGGUAAUAGAACCCUAUUUUUGGGUGAUAAUAAUACUUCAUUCUCUGUUUUGGCCUCGGACUACUCUGGAUGCGAGCCGAAUUGCAUAUACUUUUUUUCAUACAUAUCUCAGCAGUACAUAUAUUCCCGGCAGCCUCAUAACUAUCUCUUACCUUCAAGACAGAACAUAGAUAUUGGUAUUUUUCAUGUGAAAAAUGGAAGAAUUCAGGAACACUUUUAUUGGGAACAAAGACGUUUCCCUACCUUUGGGACACCUUGUUUGUGGAUUCAACCGAAAUUUUUAGAGGGAAAUUCUUGCUUUGCGCCAACUACCAACAAAGUUACAGGGAGUUACAGGAAAAAACAAAGUCGAAUGUGCUUAAGCCCUUGGGUUUAGUCCAAAUGGUGAGUGAGGAUUUUUUUUUUUGGUUUUUUGGAAAGUUACUUUACUCUUUGUAAUGAAGAAUAUCAAUGGAAUUCUGCUGCUUCUGAUUGGAUUAAGGCUAAUAGUGAUUCUGUUAAGGAGGCUGAUAGAGUGCAGGCUUUUUUUGCUUGGAACCCUCCUGAACUUGGCCCAUUAAAACUGAAUGUGGAAUGGCUCUGGGAAGAGUGCCUCAGGUCUUAUUGGAGCAGGAGGGGUUAUUCGCGAUUCCUCUGGUGUUUGGAUUGCUGGCUUUGCUGUGAACUUGGGUCAAGGCCAGAUUUUGGAGGUUGAGGUUUGGGGAUUAUAUUUUGGGCUUUAGUUGGCCUUGGACAAAGGUAUCUAUAAUCUUCUUGUUGAGAUGGAUGGUGCAAUUGCUGUGUCUCUUGUUCAGCAAAUUGGUACAUUGAAUUGUCACCCUCUUGCUGUGUUGGUGGAUAGCUGUUGUGUUCUUAUGAGGCGUAUUGGCCACUGUCACCUUGCUUACGUUUACAGAGAUAGAAUUUUGUAGCAGAUUGUAUAUGGCUAACUGGAGCUCCAAUUUAGACCUUGGAGUUUGCUAUUUUGAUGAUGUUCCUGCCCGGGUUACCUCAUUCUUGGUGGAUGAUAUGUUAGGCUUUGCUAAACCCUUGCUAGGCCUAGUUUGAUUUGUAUUAGUUAGUUAGUUGUUUCUUUUUGGGGGGUUUUUCCCUCCUUAUUUCAUCCAAAAAAAAGAAAAAAAAAAGAAUGUCAAUGGAAUUCCAAAAAGUUACACCAAACAGCAAAAAAA